GGCUCCGGGCCCUGUGGCCCCGGCUCUUUUGUUUCCCGGCUGGAGUCGGAGCUGGACACGGAGCCGUAGACCGAGCCGGAGCCGGGGUUGUCUCGAAUUAGCAGCCCGGGCCAGGAGCGCCCUGAGUGGCCCGUGGGGCAGGCAGCGGGCCGGCCUGCCCAAUGGGGCGCGGCCCCCGCCCGCCGCCCCCGGCCGGUGCCGCCGCCUGAGCGCGCCCGCCGCCCGCCAUGGAGCCCGGCCGCGGCGGCCUGGAGGCCGUGGGCAAAUUCGAAUUCUCGCGCAAGGACCUGAUCGGACACGGGGCCUUCGCGGUUGUCUUCAAGGGGCGCCACCGCGAGAAGCACGACCUGGAGGUCGCGGUAAAGUGUAUUAACAAAAAGAACCUGGCCAAGUCCCAGACUCUGCUGGGGAAGGAGAUCAAGAUCCUCAAGGAAUUGAAACAUGAAAAUAUCGUGGCUUUGUAUGACUUCCAGGAAAUGGCCAAUUCUGUCUACCUGGUCAUGGAGUACUGUAACGGCGGGGACCUGGCUGACUAUCUGCACACCAUGCGGACGCUGAGCGAGGACACCAUCCGGCUCUUCCUGCAGCAGAUUGCAGGUGCCAUGCGGCUGCUGCACAGCAAGGGCAUCAUCCACCGUGACCUGAAGCCUCAGAACAUUCUGCUGUCCAACCCUGGCGGGCGCCGCGCCAACCCCAACAACAUCCGUGUCAAGAUCGCUGACUUCGGCUUCGCUCGGUACCUCCAGAGCAACAUGAUGGCAGCCACACUCUGCGGCUCCCCCAUGUACAUGGCCCCUGAAGUCAUCAUGUCCCAGCACUACGAUGGGAAGGCGGACCUGUGGAGCAUUGGCACCAUUGUAUACCAGUGCCUGACUGGGAGGGCACCCUUCCAGGCCAGCAGCCCCCAGGACCUCCGCCUCUUCUAUGAGAGGAACAAGACACUGGUGCCCACCAUCCCCCGGGAGACCUCGGCCCCACUGAGACAGCUGCUCCUGGCCCUGCUGCAGCGCAACCACAAAGACCGCAUGGACUUUGAUGAGUUUUUCCAUCACCCUUUUCUUGAUGCCAGUGCCACGGUGAAGAAGUCCCCACCAGUGCCUGUGCCCUCCUAUCCAAGCUCGGGCUCUGGCAGCAGUUCCAGCAGCAGCUCCACCUCGCAUCUGGCCUCCCCGCCGUCGCUGGGAGACAUGCAGCGGCAGCUCCAGAAGACGCUGACCUCCCCAGCCGAUGCUGCUGGCUUCCUGCAGGGCUCUCGGGAGUCCGGCGGCAGCAGCAAGGACUCGUCCUGUGACACGGAUGACUUCGUCAUGGUCCCAGCCCAGUUUCCAGGUGACUUGGUGGCCGAGGUAGCUGGUGCCAAGCCCCCAGUUGACAGCCUGAUGUGCAGCGGGAGCUCACUGGUGGCCUCAGCUGGCCUGGAGAGCCAUGGCCGGACACCAUCGCCUUCCCCGCCCUGCAGCAGCUCCCCCAGCCCUUCAGGCCGGGCUGGCCCAUUCUCCAGCAGCAGGUGUGGCGUAUCCGUUCCCAUCCCAGUCCCCACCCAGGUGCAGAACUACCAGCGCAUUGAGCAGAACCUACAGUCACCCACCCAGUUCCAGACCCCACGGUCCUCUGCCAUCCGCAGGUCGGGCAGCACCAGCCCCCUGAGCUUUGCACGGGCUAGUCCUUCGCCCCCGUCCCACACUGAGCACGGAGCUGCUCUGGCCAGGAAGCUCUCCCUUGGUGGGGGCCGGCCCCACACACCGUCUCCACAAGUUGGAACCAUCCCUGAGCGGCCAGGCUGGAGUGCAGUGCCCUCCCUGCAGGGAGCCGAGAUGCGGGGUGGCCGGUCCCCUCGCCCAGGCUCCUCUAUGCCUGAGCACUCUGCUCACACCACUGGCCUUGGCUGCCGCCUGCACAGCGCUCCCAACCUGUCUGACCUGCAUGUCGUUCACCCCAAGCUGCCCAAGCCUCCCACUGACCCACUGGGGACAGCAUUUGGCCUCCCACAGGCCAGCCCCCCACAGUCAUCCCGUGGGCUGCAGUCCUUCCGGCCGCUGCGUGGCUCGCCCAAGUUGCCUGACUUCCUGCAGCGGACUCCCCUACCCCCAAUCUUGGGGUCCCCCACCAAGGCCAUGCCUGCCUUCGACUUCCCCAAGACCCCCAGCUCCCAGAACUUGCUGACCCUACUGGCCCGGCAGGGUGUGGUCAUGACGCCACCUCGGAACCGGACACUGCCUGACCUCUCGGAGGCAGGGCCUUUCCAGGGGCAGCAACUGGGCCCUGGUCUGCAGCCCACUGAGGAUACCCAGGGCCCCUUUGGCAGGUCCCUCAGCACCGGCCGUCUCACUGAUCUACUCCUUAAGGCUGCAUUUGGGACACAGGCCCCAGACUCAGGCAGCACAGACAGCCUGCAGGAGAAGCCCAUGGAGAUCACGCCCUCUGCUGGCCUUGGAGGGAACCUGCACCCAGGAGCCCGUGCAGGGAGGGCCAGCAGCCCGUCACCUGUGGUGUUUACCGUGGGCUCACCGCCGAGUGGGACCACACCACCCCAGGGCCUGAGAACCAGGAUGUUCUCAGUGGGCUCCUCAAGCUCACUCAGCUCGGCUGGCUCCUCCUCUGCCCGCCACCUGGUACCUGGGGCUUGCAGUGAGGCCACCCCGGAGGUCCCAGCCCCCAGCCACUGCUGCAGCUUGGCCGACCCCGUUGCCGCCAACCUGCAGGGAGCCGUGACCUUCGAGGCCCCUGACCUUCCCGAGGAGACCCUCAUGGAGCAAGAGCACACAGAGAUCCUGCAUAGCCUGCGCUUCACCCUCGUCUUCGUCCAGCACAUCCUGGAGAUUGCAGCCCUGAAGGGCAGUGCCAGUGAGACGGCUGGGGGGUCCGAGUACCUGCUGCAAGAGAGCGUGGUGGCCGACCAGAUCAGCCUGCUGAGCCGCGAGUGGGGCUUCGCGGAGCAGCUGGUGCUCUACCUGAAGGUGGCUGAGCUGCUCUCCUCAGGCUUGCAGACUGCCAUCAACCAGAUCCGGGCUGGCAAGCUCUGCCUGUCGUCCACAGUGAAGCAGGUGGUGCGGCGGUUAAAUGAGCUGUACAAGGCCAGUGUGGUGUCCUGCCAGGGCCUGAGCCUGCGGCUGCAACGCUUCCUCUUAGACAAGCAGCGGCUGCUGGGCCGCAUCCAGAAUGCCACCGCAGAGCAGCUCAUCUUCAGCCACGCAGUGCAGACGGUACAGUCGGCUGCUCUAGAUGAGAUGUUCCACCGUCGUGAGGACUGUGUCCAGCGUUACCACAAAGCCCUGCUGCUCAUGGAGGGGCUGCAGCAGAUCCUUACGGACCAGGUGGAUGUGGAGAACAUUGCCAAGUGCAAGCUGUGCAUUGAGCGGAGACUCUCAGCCCUGUUGAGCGGCAUUGGUGCCUAACCUCUCAGAGCCCUGGCCCUUGAGCCCUUCCCUGCCAAUCCAAAAGGGCAGUGUGGUGUGCUGGCCGGGCCCCCAGGGGCAAGCCCACAGCCUUGGCACUGCUUCUGGUGCCAGGAAAGGACUGAGCUUCCCACCCAGCAUCCAGAGCCAGGCCUCCAGCUACUUCUCCUGGGCUCCUGCAGUAGACUUCGGGGCACUGGAGGGUCCCCCAACAGAACCCCAACCUGGGCUUGUUCCCCAGGCUGCUGGGGUCAGAGAUUGCAGCCGACAUGCAGAACUCACCCAGCUGAGUGGAUGGCAGGUGGGGACGUAUGGGCAUCCCCCACCCCAGCCAGAACUGAGGGCAGCCUUGCUGCCUGCUGUUGAGCUGAGGACAAGCAGAGGCCCCGAGAUGGGUGCCCACACAAGCCAAAGCUGCCAGCCCUGCCCAGGGGCUCCACCAGGAAAAAAUGUGGCCUUUUGGCCCCCCUUCCCCAAAACCACCCAUCCAGCUUUGUUAAUCACCAAGCACUUUAUGCAGGCGGACGUGGACUGGGCCGCAGCUCAGUCCCGGCUGUUGCACUACAAGGCGUGUACAUAUCAUAUACAUGUAUACAUAUAUAAAUAGUCCCAGCGUGUGUGAGUGUGUGUGCUGUGCGUGCCACCCCAGACCUUGGGGAGACACAGCCAUCUUAUUUAAGUGUUCUAGGGAUGGACAAUAGGAAGCAGCUUUGUAAACCAAGAACAGACAUUGCAGCCUGUCACACUUAUGAAUCUGUAGCUUUCUUCUUUUUUUUUUAAGAAGAAAACUUGGAGAGUUCAGGGCCUUUUGAUUUGGGUCAGGUCAGGACAGGGUGGGGCCUCAGCACCUCGGAGGCUGUCAUGGGAGAUGGGUGAUGCUGUUAGGGCAGCCCUGCCCUGCUGCCCCCCAUCUCUGGUGAUGGUGGGCAGAUGAGGGGGCAUUUGUGCAAAAGCCUCCCCACAGCAUUCACAGUAGGUUUGGAUGUCAGUGGGUGUCCCAGGCAGGUCCUAGCUAACAUCAAGGGGGUCUGUGGGGAGCCAAGCCUUCCAGGUGCAAGGGGCCUUCCCUGUCCACCCGGCUCUGACUUGGCCCCUUGAAUGUGUCCGCAAGGUGCAGGAGAAGCUCCUGGCCAGUCCAGGCAUCCCUGGUAAGGGGUUUAGGGUCUUAGACCACAGGCAUGAAGAUCUGUACAUGUCUGUCACACUUGGAAUGUUAUCACUGUGCUUGGACUUAGAAGUUGCCCAGGACCUGUUUCUUUCCUCAUCACCUAGUGACUAUUUUUUCCUUGCUACAUGCAAUGUGUUCCUGUUUAUUGCAUAUGGUUGGCUGGAAUUCAGGGCUGCUGGGAGGCUGGCGCCAUGGGCAGCUUCCCAUGCCCAUUCUGUGGUGCCAUGUGCCCAAGCCACCAACUGACCCCAUUCUUCACAACACUGCACUUGACACUUGGUCUACCUGAAAAGGAAUUUUGUGUGAUUUUCUCCCCAUUUGCAUUAUUGUGUAAUCCCGAUUUAAGGAAAUAAACCUUUGGAAUUGUC